AAUCAUCACUGUGUUUUUUAUUUUUUCUUAAACAAACCAAAAACCACUGAAAAUUUAGAAAAAAAACGUUUUUUCUUAGUUUUUGUUAUAAAAUUUUGUAAAUAAGUGAUUUUUCUCCUUCACUGAUGUGCGCUAAUGAGGCUGCACUGAUGGGCACUAAUAGGUGGCACUGAUGGGCACUAAUGAGGAGGCACUGAUGGGCACUGAUAUGUGGCACUGAAAUGUGGCACUGAUGUGGCACUGGCAGG